UAUUGUUUACAAAAUCCGCGAGCGAGAUAACAUAAAAACGCGGAUAUUUCCCUCGUUAACCCGCUGGAUUCGCCAAUAAACCCGAAAUAUCGCAACUUUCGAAUAUUCCCAACUCGAAUUUAACAAGAUGACGUCGGUCGCGGACCCCGAAAACGGCGAAAACUUCGCCGAGAAAAGUGAGAGCGAAGAAUCCGAAGAGGAGUGCUCUUAUAUCACUACCAGACGGAGUAUCAUUCAAGUUCAUAAAGGGAAACAGGAAAAAAAGCCCGAUAGAUUAAACGGGGAGUAUUCCUACCAAAAUACUAUUAAACAAAGGGUCAUCGGACAGCCGUGCAUCGACUGCAAGAUGGAAUGCGAUCGCCGUAUAGCCGAACGAUUUCGUCAGGACAAUUAUCUACAUUUUUGGGGCAAAAUAAAAAGUUGGGAAGAUCGGAGGACGCACGUGAGACGUCUGGUGCAAGUACUGCGUGUGCCCCAUCCAAAAAACAAACAAAGAAAAAAGUUCCUCCGGAAAUAUUAUUUGGAAAUGGAGGACGGUUUUACGCUCGUUUGUAAGACAAUGUUCUUUAAUACCUUGGCCAUCAGCGCUAAGUUUAUCGAGACCACUUUACAAAAAUACCCGGAUAAUGUCCUAGACGAGGCUACGAUCAAGUUAGUGAACAAUCCUACAACCAUUCCCAAAAUGUUCGACCCAACAAAGUCCAGCAAGAAAAGUUCUUCCAAGGAGCCCAAAGAAGACGGGGACGACUCCUCAGAUAGUGAAACAUCUGACGGUCCUGUUAAAGAAGAAGAUAUCCCACCGGAGGGGGAGUUUUUGGACUCAAAAUACAAACAAGAUAUUAAGCCACCUUGUUCAUGUAUUGAACAGUGCGGCAAUAAACUAGCUGAGGAGGUGAGAUUGAAAAUUCACGAGCAUUUUUGGACAAAACUUAAGUCUUGGGAAGAAAGGAAACUGUUUAUAAUUAACACUAUUGAGAGGGAUCGGUAUACUUCAGUUCGUACAUUUGUUUUGCCAAUGAAAGAUGGGGGCCACAUUAGUGUUUGCCAGACGAUGUAUCUAAAUACUCUAUCCCUUAACGAGCAACCGAUUGAUCUACUUCUUCCAAAAACCGAGCCGAUCAAACCACCUAAAAGAAAAUACAACAUAGACCAUUACGAAGAAGGGCAGCGCCGCCAAUUUACAGUCAUUCAGCCAAAACUAGAGCAGCCAAUGAACAAUCAACUUCCCUCACCAAGACAAAAACAACCGUUUCCUCCUACCUCUGCUUAUCAAUAUCCACCCACCGCACAGCAAUUUCCAGCUACUUCUCGACAAAUUCCCGCCACCUCUCAUCAUUUACCUCAACAAUUUUACUCUCCACAACCAACCCCUUUUACGCCACCCCACUUGAACAAUGUAACCAUCACACCGAGAAGCGGCAUGUCCCAAGUGCCGCCCUUGCAUUAUCCCAAAGACAUUACCAAAGAAGUACAAUUACAUCAUUUGCCCUCACCACAAAUAAAAAGGCCAAAAUUAGAGUUUACACCGUUGAAACCUCCCUGCUCCUGCGCGAUGCAAUGCGGCUUAAAGUUAACUGAUGACGUGCGCAAGGAGAUACAUAGGGAAUUUUGGAAUUUGCCUGCCCAAGUCGAUAAGAAGCAUUUUAUAUUAUCAACUAUACAGGUACAAAUAAACAAAGACAAAAUAACCAAAGAGCAAAAACAUGAGAUCAAACAUUUUACUUUGCCGUACCAAUAUGAUACUGCUAUAGUGUGUCGAGAAAUGUACCUUAACACACUGACGGUGUCAGAGGAGUUCGUAAGGAGCACGGUGAAGAACAUUAAUCAUGACGGGAGUAUUAUUGAAGAUGACGAUCAAAAUUGCAAUCAGGCACAAGGCAGUAGCAGGCAUGUCCACAAAAGGCAGCUAAUGAACAAACAACCGGGUCCAGAAGAAAAAGACUUCAUCAACUGUGCAGCCCUACUCGAGAGUCAAAUCAAAGAAGACGUGCAACUCCUCUCGACCAAAACUGAAGUGCGUCGAAAAUCUCGAAGUAGCAAAAAAAUGGGACCGCCUUGUCCGCCGACGUGUCGUCACCAGUGCAGCCGUAAAUUUAAGGAGGAAGAGAGACAACAGCUGCACCAGAAUUUCUGGUGCGAGAUGGACUGGCAAGGACGUAAACAGUUCGUCAUGAAUACCGUAAAGGAGUUUCCGAUCAAAAACCGCUCGAUACCGGGACGUUUGACCAAGAGGAACUUUUCGAGGAUCUACACGUUGCCGAAAGACGGAUCCGCAUCGAAGACGAGCAAACAUAACAAGAUCACCGUGUGUCAGAAGAUGUACUUUAACACGUUGUCGAUUUGUUCCAAGUUCGUGUCGACCGUGCACAUUUGGGCCUCGCAGGUUAAAUGGUAAAUAAGUUUUAAGCUUUAUAGUGGGUUUUUCUUCGGGGUUUGGUAAAAAGGACCUUUUUCUGCAUUGUUUUAAAAAAAAUGAUAUCCAAUUUCUUUUUAUUAUGGUUAUUUUAUAUAUUUUUAUACUGCUUUAUUGGCAUAACCGUAAAAUUUACUUAAUUAUAAUUAUUAGUCACUUAUUUGUGUAGUUUUUUAUUCAACUUGUUGUGCAUCGGCACAUUUUAAUAACGGUCACUUGUGUGAUAAACUUUAGCACAUUUUUAGAAAGUAAAUUUUAAGUGAAUAUAAAUCAAAAUGUGUUUUUCUGCAAAUUUUAAAUAAAUAUUAAGAAAAAAUAAUGGAAUUGAAUUAUUUUAUUGGGCAUUUCAUAAAUUCUCAAAUGGGCCUAGAUCUAGGUAACUGAGACGGCCAUAAUAUAAGCUUGAUGGUCUUAUCAUAUUCAUUGGAUUGAAUUUAUGUUUAGAAUCGUAAUACUUGCAAUUUGAAUUUCAAAAAUAGGCGUAGAUCAAGUAACUGAGACGGUCAAGAUAAAAACUAGAUCAUUUUAUCAAUUAAAUACAUAGAUAGUCAUUGAAUUCAAUGUCCAUGUUUCACAGCUAAUUAAAUACACUUUUAAUGCAAAAAAGUGCAUAAUAAUAACAAAGUUCCAAUUUUCGCUGUAAGAAAAUAGUCCCAUGAAACUAUUAAGAAAACAUGACUGAAUGAAUUAAAAAACAGGAUCAAAUUUUUGGACCUUGUGCAAAAUUUGCUGGACAUUUCACAACUACGGCCAAGAUAACAACUAUAUCAUUUUAUCAAUUAAAUAUAUAGUCGAUUAAUUGAUUGUAUAUUUAUAGUACAUGUUUCACAGCAUAUUAAAUACACUUUUAAUGCAGAAAGUGGACAAAGUUCCAAUUUUCACUGUAAGAAAAUAGUUCUAUUAAACUAUUAAGAAAAUAUGACUGAAUGAAUUAAAAAACAUAAUAAAAUGUGUGGAACUAAUGUGAAAAAUUUCCUGGCCAUUCCGCAACUGUUCAAAUGGACUUAGAUUGGGUAACUGAGACGGCCAAUAUAAAAACUAAAUAAUUUUAUCAAUUAAAUGUAUGGUUAUAGUGUAAUUAAUACUUCUUAAUUUUUAUGGGUAAAUCUGUAUGUAACCACCUCAAUGUUUUGCAGAAAAGUGGAUAAUAAUGAUGACAAAGUGAAAAUAGUCCUAUUAAACUAUUAAGAAAAUAUGACUGAAUGAAUUAAAAAACUUAUGGAAUCAGUGUGAACAAUUUCCUGGUCAUUCUACAACUUCUUAAAUGGGCUUAGAUCGGGUAACUGAGACGGCCAAAAUAAAAACUGGAUAAUUUUAUCAAUAAAAUACAUAGUCAUUGAAUUGAAUUUAUAGUUCAUGUUUCACAGCAACUUAAAUACACUUUUAAGGCAGAAAAGUGGAUAAUAAUGACAAAGUUAAAAUGUUCACUGUAAGAAAAUAGUCCCAUUAAACUAUUAAGAAAAUAUGACUGAACGAAAUUUUUGGAAUUCGUGUGGAAAAUUUCCAGGAUAUUUUACAGCUUCUGGAACGGGCUUAGAUCUGGUAACUGAGACGGCCAAAUUAAAAACUAAAUCAUUUUAUCAAUUAAAUGCAUAUCUAUUGGUUUUAAUGUAUGCUUAUAGUGUAAUUAAUGCUUUUAAAUUUUGUGGGUAAAUCUGUAUGUAACCACCUCAAUGUUUUGCAGCAAAUUUAAUGCAGAAAAGUGGAUAAUAAUAAUGAUGACAAGGUGAAAAUAUUCACUGCAAGUAAAUAUGACUGAAUGAUUCCACAACUUCUUAAAUGGGCUAAGAUCGGGUAACUGAGACGGCCAUAAUAAAAACGGGAUCCGUUUAUCAAUUAAAUACUUAUUCGUUGGAUAGAAUUUAUGUUUAUAACCGUAAUUAAUAAUUAUUGAAACGUGGUUAAAUCUCUCUCAAUCAAGUCAAGAAUCACCUGUAUGUUCAGCAUCAGUAAAUUGAAUAAAUUUUUAACGCAAUUAUUAUUGCCACAUGCAUCUAAUUGUUAUGGUUUUAGUUAAAAAAAACGGUAAUUACAUUAAAAAAUACGUCUCACAAGACCCCUAAAGGGGUUCAAUUCACAUAAAAAUGUAGGAAUUAUAAAAGAUAUUGUUUAUAAGCUAGUAAAAUAGCUCUUCAAAAAAAUGUCCUUUUUACCAGACCCCCCCUAGCCUUAAUGUAAAGAUCAAAUUUAUAGGUUUUAUAGUUGAUUUUAGGUUAAAUGUAUCUCGAUUAAGUUCCACUUUUUAUAUUUAUGUAUAUUGGGUAUUUUAAGCUUUAUUUACCUAUCGGUUUUAAGCACUGAGUUUUCUUUUAUAUUACAUAUUUUAAGAGUAAUUUUUCGUGUGGUUGACUAAAAUACAGGGCUUUCAAUAAGUAUACAAGUCAAAAAGAAUAUUUUAUUAUACCCUAAUAUUGUUUUUUAAGCACCCCAUGUAAGCACCAUAACACUAAAUAACAAAUGUAGUAUCAUACAUGUAACUGCCAUGUAAAUAGUAUCGAACCCUAUUUUUCACUUUAUUUUAUUUUUCCACAUUUUGACCAUUAUUUUUUAUUAAUUUAGGAAAAUAUACGUACCAAGUAUUUUGCUAGUUGUAUAGCAGCGUUUAGAAGAGAAUUAUAUUUUUAUUGUUAGGCAUGUUUAAGUAAUAAAAAAAAAUUAUAUAUCUGAUUAUGCAUUUUUCUAUAUUCUAUGUCUAUUUAAUUCCUUUGUAUACAUUGUAAAUAAUGUAACGGAAUUUUUGUUAAACGGACAUUUGUUAUAUACUUUCUUCAGUUUGAAUUACUCAAUGGUUUAUAACACCAUAUUAAUGAAAUCUCUUUAUUACUAACCAGCAAAGUUAUUUUCUUGCACACCUCACAUAGUGAUAAACUAAAAAAAAAUGUUAGUACCAAAAUCGGUGAAGUACCAGUUUGUAGACUUAAGUGUAUCUACAUUUUACAGGACAUUGUUGUAUCCUCACUUGUAUUUAAAUAAAAUUUAUAUUUAAAAAGAAAAUUUGAAUAUGAUAGCCAGUUAGACGUUAUUAUUAUAUGAAAUAUAAGUUUCACAUAGAGCUUAAUAAUGUAUUAAAAAUUAUUAAUGGUUUUGUUUAAUUUUGUAAUCUUUAAGGGAACGAGUAUAUCAAUUGUAGAAAUAAAUAAUUUUUUUUAUUAGAAAA